UUCCAUCUUGUUCCUCCCCACAGCGGAGCGUCGUCGUUGUUGUUGUGGUGGGAUAAUAAUGGCGGCAGCUGGAGGCGGAUUGCCUGCCUCGGUUGUCUUCGCGGGCGCGAGCCCGUCUGCCCCGGCACGGUGUCGCUUUCCGGGGCGCCCGGGGCCGUCUCGCAGUCGACAGAAGACGGGGAAGCGUUGGAGAGUCGGCCGGCUGCGGCUGGAGGAGGAAGCGGCGGCGGCGGCGGUGGAGGCGGUCGCGAGCGGCCCGAGAGCUCCGAGGCCCGUUAGCGUUGAGUUGAACCUGCGCGAGGAUCCGACUUUACUGCGCGUGCUGAGGCUCAGCGAGCGGCUCGCGCGCCAGAAGGACGCGGGGUUCUGCACGAGCGGCAGCGAUGAGGAAGGAGAUUUCACAGGCUUCCAGACUGACGGUCGAUGGGCUUUACGCUCUGGACAAGACGUUACACAAAAAAGUUCUGUUAAAUCAUCCUCAUCCUCAAAGGAGAAGUCAUGUCCUGCUCAUGAUCCAUCUGCAAACAAUAAAGUCACCACUGCAAAAAAAGGAUUACGGGUGACUACAGAAACGGAGAGAGAACCUCCCUCAGAGAAACGUGAGAAGAAGGGUGGAAAACUUCAACAAAAUGUUGGGAAACCCAAACUAGUCGUUAAACUGGCUACCAAAGAGAUGACCAAUAAAAAUCUGCCAAGGGAAACAACUUUGCGCAGGGGUCGAGGGAAACCAUCUGAGAAGGAGAAAGGGACUAAGUUCUCACAUGAAGAAGAAAAUGGAGGUGUAGAAGAAGAGGUAUUGGAUGAGCCAGCCGCGGACGCUGGAAGAAAGGAAACGCGGCAGGGACGUACCAGUCAGAGCAGGCAGAGGAAAUUUGUGUGGAAUUUAACGCUGAUUAAGCGGAGAGGAAGAAGUUCCAAAAAGGUCCUGGCUGAGAAUUUGGGCAGACGUUCCCGGAGAGAGUACGCGAGGACUGCUGAACCUCAAGGCAAGGCUCAGGAGGAGGCAACUAGGGAUGAACUUGCUAUUGACCAAGAUGCUUCUGUGUCUCCAAAACCUGUUGCCAAACAGAAGAAGGUCCGCAACGUUACGAGCGCCUCUCCGAAAGAGGAAGAACAGGAGAAUGCUGUUUCUCCGGACGGAAGUGAAGGCACGCCAGUGAAAGGCAGUAGUCCGCAUUCUCCCAAACUAUCUCCCCGUGCCUUAAAGCGACGCAAAUCUUUAUUUGGGUAUCGUAGGAAACCGGAGCAGGAGUCGUUGCUGAAAAUGAAGAAGGCUCAGUCACAGGCUGCGAGUAGAAUCCCCAGAAAAAGGCGGCGGCUUGUCUGCUACACUUACGAAGCAGUGGAAUCGCCGGCGAAUCAAGAGCAGUCACAGGAACCACCGGCGCAGGUGGCGAGUCAGCAGGGACUCACGGACAGCGUGAUUAGCAGUCGGCCGUCCCGGGUGAUCAGGGUCCCGAAAAGGUUCAUGGAUGAUGAAGGAAUGUCUGGGCUGCUGGGAAAGAAAGCUGUUCAAACUGAGAAUCAAGAGGAUGAGUCUUGCAGUGACACAGAGGAAGCAAAUCUUUCCCAAACCCCGAGGUUAGGAAGCAAGCAAAAGAGCGCAAACAAAAGGACUAUAUGUGACAACGAGGAGGAUUUUGUUGCAAAGUCUGAGGAAUGGAAACCAGGCAGCCUGACUGGUGGUCCUCGAAAGAAAGUGGGGAGACCGGCUUAUGAUGCUACUCCUCUCAAAAUCUAUGAGAGUUUAAAGAUGCUUACAGCAAGCUUGGCUCAGAGGAAAGAGCAGCGAAUGGCCAGCGCACGUUUCAAAGCCCUUGGUGAAAAAGUGGAGUGUGAGAGCCAUGGUGAAGUCGAAUCUCCAGCUUCUAGAGAGCUGAGAAAAUGGGGGAGCUCUGAUAUAAAGAUAGGUGAUCUGAACUGUCCAGGAGUUGUGCAUAAAGUAGCCAUACAUGCUGAUGAUCAGGUGAUCAGUCAGUCAGCACUUUCAUCUGUGGAAGAACUUGAAACCAAAGCAGAGGUAGAGAGAACCAGCCUGGAGGAUGCUACUGACCUACAAAGCACGGAUGCUGGGAAGUCGGAGGUCGUGUUGGCGCAGGGCAGUUCCUUUCACAAAGUCAACAUCUCGGGUGCCAACAAAAGGAUGCUUCACCUGCUGAAGAGGGCCAAGGUGCAGCUGAUUAAAAUUGACCAGCAGAAACAGAUGAAGACAGCUCAGCUGAUGUCUGGCACAGUUCGAGUUGGAGAUUGUGGCAUUAUGAGCAUGAAGAGGAGGGGGAGAAGGGGAAUAGUCAAGACAAACAAGGAAGAGGUUCCUCAGGGACUGCCGGUUGGAGGUCCACGCAUAAAGCACGUGUGUCGGGCAGCGGCAGUGGCACUUGGGCAGCCUCGUGCCAUGGUACCGGAAGACAUCCCCAGACUCAGUGCUCUGCCUUUACACGAGAGAGAAGGCAUUGCACCUUCACAGGACACAGAGGAUCUCGGUUCUCACUCAGAACCAGAAAGCACCGGCUCUGUUGAACAAAGGCCAGUGUACAAACAGAAAGCUUUCGGGCUGCGACAGAGACGCUGCUUUAACUGCAAGGGCUGUUGUCGGGAAGAGGACUGUGGGACCUGUGUCUUCUGUCUGGAUAAACCAAAAUAUGGAGGACCCAAUAAGAAACGUCAGAGCUGCAUCUACAGGAAGUGCUUAAGGAUUGAAGAAAACAAAAUGAGACGAAUGAAAGUUCAGAUGAAGCGACGGGCUAUGUACGCCCAAGCCACUGCGUACAGUGGCGGAGAGGAAGAGGGCGAGGGAGAUGGCACGGGAGAUGCGCUAAGCACUAAUGCGCUAAGCUCCAUCCGGAGGCAGCCUAGGCGCCAGGUUACACGUCGAUGCUUCAGCGACUUGCUAGAGUCCGACUCGACCGACACAGAGGCUUCUGGUGAAGACGUAGCAAAGGAACAGAGCAGUAGUGAGCCAAGUAUUAAGGCUAAUGAUACUGUUACACAUCCUGAUGUGGAAGAUGAGGCAGUGAAACCACGAAGGCCUGGCCUGCCGAGAGGACUGUGGGGUCGGCGACGAAUUAAUAAGCUCCAGAGUUGCCCUGCCUCACAGGCGCUGGAGCGCUCAGCACCAGGAAGUCCAUCUGUAAAGCUCAGGCUGAAGUUCCAGCUGCGGCUGCAUAGACUACCACUUAGCAUGGUGCGAGCUGCUGAGGUGUCUUCGGUGGCUGUACCUUCCCAGCCUGAUGACAAAAAAGCACAAGAAGAGGAGGCGGAUAGAGAAACGCGGGUUGUGAAGGAGGGAGCUCUGCAGCAACCCCUUACUGACCCCUGUCUUCCUCAUUCCCAGAGCUCAAUGGAGCACACGCCACCCAGCGUCCUGGCCACGCUGGCCAAAGGCUUCGCACACCGGGAACGACAGGCACAGGAGCCAGCGCACAAAAUCCGGGUAGACUUUAAGGAGGACUGCAACAUUCAGAACGUCUGGGCGAUGGGGGGGCUGAGUAUCCUCACGUCUCUUCCAAUCACAGCGGAGUGUGUGUGUCUGCUGUGUGCUAGUAAAGGCCACCACAACAUGAUAUUUUGUCAGAUGUGCUGUGAGCCCUUCCACCGCUUCUGCCUUCCAGUAGAUGAUCGUCCACAGAAUGAAAAUCUGCAGAACUGGUGUUGUAGGCGCUGCAAAUUCUGCCACGUCUGUGGUCGUAAGGGCAAACAGGGAAAGCCGGUUUUACAGUGCAGAAGGUGCUUUUACUGCUACCACCCAUCAUGCCUCGGGCCCACAUAUCCCAAACCCGGAAAGUGCAGCACACCUUGGGUGUGUAUGUUGUGUAUUCGGUGCAAAAGCUGUGGGGUGACACCAGGGAAAUCCUGGGGAGCGGCUUGGAAUCAUGAGCUGGAUCUCUGCCCUGACUGCAGUAACCUCCACAAACAAGGAAACUUCUGCACAGUGUGUCUCAAGUGCUAUCCUGAGCAUGAAUUUGACAUGAAGAUGAUGCAGUGUGCUCGAUGUGCCCACUGGGUGCAUCCCAAGUGUGAGGGACUAACAGAUGACUUGCAUGAGAUUCUGAAGAGGUUGCGGGGGAAAAGUUUGGUGUUCUCCUGCGCAGCCUGCAGUAAAAACUUCCCUAGUGGCUGGCAGGAGGUGGUGCAGAGUGUGCUGCGCAACGGUCUGGAAAAGAUCAUGAAUGGGUUGAUGAGCUCCCUGACCACCCAUCACCUCCAGAAGUGCUCAGAGUGUGAAGCCUGUUCUGAUGCUGACAGUAUAAAGAGUAGGAAGGUGGUUUGUGAUCUUCAUGCUGUGGAGAGGAAGCUUGAAGAAGGCUUGUAUACUUCAUUGAAAGCGUUUCAUGAGGAUGUGGUGACUGUACUGGUAAAGCAGCUAGAGCAAGAAGAAUCACUUCCAGAGGAACAGAGGCCCACUGCCCAAGCCAGAGCUUUAUAUAUAAAAUUACUGGAGCAAACUUUUACUUGGUUCAACAGUCAGGACCCUAAAGCAUGGAAGCCUGUAAUGAAAGAAUUCCCAAGUGGUAUGCUCCCAGAGGCAAUAAUCCCACCAUCUGAAGAGCACAGUUACGCUCAGUGGUUGGAGGAGCACGACCAUGCUACAGCAAACGAGAACGAAGAGAACCUUCAUUUAAAAGCACAAGGAAAAGAGCCUCAGAGCAUAAGCCGAUGUGGUGUAGAUGAAAGACACUGUUCUCUCUGUCAGCAGCAGGGUGAUGCCAAACCCACUGACGCAGGCAGGCUGCUGUACCUGGGCCAAAAUGAGUGGGCUCAUGUAAACUGUUGCAUCUGGUCAGCGGAGGUGCAAGAGGUCAGGGGUGCGUUGUUGCAUGUGCACAGCGCUGUGGCCAGAGGACGUUUCAUGCGUUGUGAGCGGUGUAGCCAGGCUGGGGCGACAGUGGGCUGCUGUCUCUCUUCCUGUCAGAGUAAUUACCACUUCAUGUGUGCUCGUGCCAGCCAUUGUGUCUUUCAGAGCGAUAAGAAGGUCUACUGUUACAAACACCGUGACCUCGUCAGCAACAAGGUGAUGAAUGGAUUUGAGGUUCUCAGACGAGUCUAUGUAGAUUUUGAAGGCAUUAACCUUCGAAGGAAGUUUCUAACAGGCUUGGAACCAGAGUCCAUUAAUGUAAUGAUUGGCUCUUUGAAGAUACACAGAUUGGGUGUGCUGACAGAGUUAUCUGCAAAUGCAGGAAAAUUGUAUCCUGUGGGUUACCAGUGCACUCGGUGGUACUGGAGCACAGUCGACCCACGAAAGCCAUGCAAGUACACCUGCAGAGUGACUGAUAUACAGCCAUCAUCACCACGGAAAACGCCACAUCUAGCGCGAAACCAGGAAGAGAACUGCACUAUUGCACACAGCCCAAAACAACAUGAAGAUAUGGACACCACAGAGGCAGAUCUUGCCAUGAAGCUCACUCCCAGCACCCCGUCUCCCAACUCCAAACUGGACUCAGGAACAGGAUCUAAAACUACUGGGCACCCUCACAACAGGAGACCAGCUGGUGGGACAUUCAGACCAUUGCCCUCACCAGGGACUGCAGUUUCCUCUUCCCAUCACAUCCUGACCAUCAGUGAUCUUGAUGAGACACGUCGGUCAAGAAGGCUUUCCUUACGCAGCCGGAAUGCCUCACCUCCCCAUACAUCCCCCUCCGGGCCAGUGAAAUUGUGCACAGGAGCUGGUCUUCACCCCAGAUCGCUCCCAUUUAGCUCGCCUGUCUCUCCACUUGGCUCUCAUGAAAACCCCUUGAGCUCUCUGUCACCUCGCCGCAGGGGCCGCCCUCCUUCCUCCCCUUCUGGUGCUACUUCGGCAUACUCCCCCCGGCAAGGUGCAGUUGCGAGUCCCCCUUCAACUUUCGUCUUGUCACCAUGUCACUCUCCAAAGAUUCAGCAGCACUUAAAGGUAACACCACAAGAGUCCGCAGAAGUACCUCAGGAUUUCUCUGCCUCUUUAGAGCCUGAAGAUGCUGCUGGAAUGCCAGAGGAACGCAUCUCCAUGAUUGCAGUUAUGAACGAUGGUGACACAAUGCCACUGUCGUCAGACCAAGAAUUGCUCUCUACACAGUUUGAUACUGACACAGAUGUAGCCGUUGCCUCUGUGUUGAAUGAAAAACUUGAAUUCGAUGAGGCCUUGCUAAAUGAGAACGUGGCCUUGCACUUUGGUCAGCAUGGCAGUGGAGCAGAAGUGGCAGAGCAGGGACAGGGGUUACUGACUGAAGGAAACGGCUUGGUCGAUGAAAAUCUAGUUUCAGGCGCAGGUGCCAGUAGAUACAGCUCCAGAAUAAAAGAUUUUUCUGGCCUUUCAGCAGCUGAAGAGCAACUGGAGCAAGAGUCAACUAAUGAAGGCUCUGACCAUUACUUUAAUUUCUCUCGCACAGUAGUAGUCUGCGAUUCUGCACAGACAGGGUUAACGCUCCUUCCUACCUCGCAAUCGAUCUCUCAGCUGGAUGGAGCGGACAACAAUUCAGAAAGUGAUGCAGGUGAAGCCAGUGGAGAGGACAAUACUCAGGAUGUAGGGAAUAGUUAUCAUAGUCAGGACACAUCAAAGGGCACUGCUUCUGUGGGAGGACACUCUGGAAGCAGGCUAGUGUGCACUGGCAAAGCUGAGUCCUUUGUGACAGAAUCUGUACAUAUGGACGAUGAGCCAAAUAUCUUGGAGAAAUUUCAGGGAUCGGCAUUCUUACAGAAGAGUGGUGACAUGAUUGUUGACUCUGUUGCUGAGGUAUUCGCACCACAAGAAGGUACGUCUGUGAAGGAUUUAAUGGUGCAAGAGAUGCAGCUGACACCUGAGGCAGAUGUACAAGAUGUGGUGUUAUCGCCUCCCAUGUUUGACACAAGCAGUGAUCUACUUGCCGGACAUGAGGACAUUCUAAUGGACAGUGCGCCACUGGAUCACUUGAACGAGGUGGUGCUGGAUCCGGCUAGUGAUGAUUUUGUCUCUGCUCAAGAUGGAAGCUUGGUGAAUAUAUGUGACUCCUCAGCGUUGGGCAGCCUUGAGAAAGAUCCAGAGCAGAUUGCCUUGUCAGAACCACCUCCUAUGAGCAGUGUUGGAAAAGUGAGAAUUAUCACUUCUGGUCCAGCCCCACAUAGAAGUUUUAUUAUCCCACAGCCUGUUACACAUCACAGAGUAGUCAAUAUGGCUGUACCUACUGUCACGUCCUUGCCUAUGUCUUUAUCUGUUAACAAUGUUUCCACGUUACCUGCUCUCUCAGUUUUUCCACAAAGAAACCACGUGGUCACUUCCUCUCCAGUUGUAAUUAAUGGUCCGGACUCUCAGCUCAAGGAUGCAACAAAGGGCCGACCUCUUGCCAUCCGCCUUCCUACCUCUACAAAAACAAGUGUGACUGGUGCAUUGUCUAGCCCUCAAGUUUUGCUUGUCAACCGCUCUGGUCAAAUUUUAAUAAAAGACCCACAGACCAAUAGUUACCAGAUACCUAGUGCUAGUUCACCUUCUUACAGCCAGAUUAGCCAGAUUGCUAAGAUCAUCCACAGUCAUAACCUCGUUCACAGAGCCGUUCCCAGAGUCCUGGUGACCCCAGUACCACAAACAAGCCCCAGCCAAGGUCCAACCACACAUGUAGUAUCAUAUACCAAUGGUGCAGCACCCUCAACUAAAGUUUUGAUCAGGAGACUACCUCAGAAAUCUUCAGCAGUGCAGAUGAGCAGCGGCAGUAUACCUAUGAGAGGAACCAGUGGUGUAAAGCUAAAGAAUGUGUCAGUGCCAAGUACACCAGUGUUAGAAAGGAUCCAAGGGGAGGAUGCACAGGCAAUAAUUGAGAGAGCCAUGGCAAGCCACAGGGACAUGACAAACCCCCAUGCGCUGAGCCCAUCCCACUUCCAGGUCCACCCAUACCUUAAUAAGCUACAGUCUCCUGAGUCUACUGAUGUGGUUAAACAAUUCACAGGAUUGCAUCGGCAAACUAAGCCCAACAUUCUGUCCCAUUCGAGGCCUCAGGUCAGGGUCAAGAGGGUGUCGUCAGUAUCAGAACGAACUGUUGUAAAACAAUGCAAGACCACCUCCACAGAGCCAACAGUUCUUAGCUCUCAGGAUGAGCUAAACAGAUCACUUGGAGUCCGCAUUAAAGCCCCAUCCAUUAAGGAGGUGCUGCAUUUUAACCAGCCAGAAGUUGAAAAUCUUUGUGAACCAAAGAGUAACGAAGCCAAAGAACUUGAAAUCGAAAGAAGUAUUCCAAAGGAAUGUGAACCCUGUGAACUGCAGGAAAGCGAAAGCAACCAUGACAAAAAUCAUGUAUGGGUCAGCUCCAGAAACAGUGACUUGUCCGACUGGGGCCCCUGUUCAGGAUGGAGUUCAGAUGAGGAUUCUUCAUCACCAUUUAAGAACGAGCAAGAUGGGUGUUCCAGUCAGGAUAAGCCUCACCUGUUGUUCAAAAUUACUAGUGAUGAUGGCUUCAGUGUGGAGGCAGAUAGCAUAGAGGUGGCUUGGAAGGCAGUAGUGGAUGGCGUCCAAGAGGCACGGACAGGCUACAGACUUGAGCAGCUGCCACUGGGCAGAAUGAGUGGUGCCAGGGUCCUGGGUGUCCUUCACGAUGCUGUGCUGUUCUUGCUGGAGCAGCUGCAGGGGGCCUCGCAGUGCUACAACCACCGAUUCCGGUUCCACCAACAAGAAAAAGCUGAGGAAGAGCUACCGAUAAACCCUAGUGGCUGUGCUCGUGCCGAAGUCUAUACAAGGAAAAACACUUUUGACAUGUUUAACUUCUUGGCCUCCCAACACCGGCAGCUUCCUGAGAGCAGGCCGUGUGAUGAAGAUGAGGAUGAUGUCAAGCUCAAAUGCAGCAGACGUGCCACCAGCAUGGAGUUACCAAUGGCAAUGAGGUUCAGACAUCUAGAGAAAACCUCUAAAGAAGCUGUUGGGGUUUAUAGAUCUGCUAUUCAUGGGCGUGGCCUUUUCUGCAAACGCAACAUAGAAGCUGGAGAGAUGGUGAUCGAGUACGCUGGUAAUGUCAUUCGUUCAGUCCUGACUGACAAGCGGGAGAACUAUUACAGCAGUAAGGGCAUCGGCUGCUACAUGUUUCGCAUCGAUGACUUCGAUGUAGUGGAUGCCACCAUGCACGGCAACGCAGCACGUUUUAUUAACCACUCGUGUGAGCCGAACUGUUACUCGAGGGUUAUUAAUGUGGAAGGCCAGAAGCACAUUGUCAUAUUUGCACUGAGGAAGAUCUACCGUGGGGAGGAGCUCACUUAUGACUACAAAUUCCCGAUCGAAGAUGCCAGCAACAAGCUGCACUGUAACUGUGGUGCUAGGCGAUGUAGACGCUUUCUCAACUAGGAGAAUUACUACUCUGAAUGAGAGGGAUCUGUAACAACUGCGCAUGGGCCAGAUGGGAAGAAAUGAAUAGAUGGAGGAAACAGAAAAAUGUAUUAGAUUAUUCAUGUUAGAAAUCUGUUCCAACUUUAGGACAGUUUUAGUCCAGGUAAGACAUUUUCUUCGAUCUGGGCUCCUGAGUGACGCAACAGGAAAGCUCGAAUAUGACAAUGCCACAGCCAUCUGUUAUGGGGGAAGCCAAGAGAUCAAAAAUGGCCGUGCUGUCUGGAUGGGAAAAGGAGCAUCCCUGUCAGUCAGAGCAUCACUGACCAACCUUGGGUGUAUGUGACCUCGUGUAUAUCGAAGUGGGCGUCUAGUGCUUUCCUAAAUGUGUGUGUUCAGCUGUGCUGUGAUGUAGCGUGAGAAGAGAGAUGGUAGCUGGCCUCACUUGCCUUGGAGGAAACACAUGCCAGCUUUCACCCUCUUCAGCUGGUGAUUCUGAAGUGAUAAAGGAGAGCUAGCUAGUGUGCGUCUAAUGUGUGCGGCAUUUGCUUAACAUGGAGGCGGUUGAGUUUUCAGUUUCCAUUUUUUCGUCCAGAAAAGUUCCCUUUGUAUCUCUAUGGCCAUAUUUUAUUUUUGCUGGAAAAUCCAGAGCAAAUGACUUUCCUUUUUAAACACGUUGAACAUCGAUACCUUGUGUAUGUCCCGUUAAUGAGUGCUCACAUCCAUAGCGCUGGACCUCAUUACACCAGGGCUGUAGAAUAAAACAAACAGUAUUUUAGCUUUUAAAUGUGUUCUUGCUACUGAGUUUGAAGCUCUCCAUAAUACCUGGAGAAUCCACCACUGGCACCUUAUCAUUGUGGCUCUGUAUUUUAUCAGAGAGUAGCUGGAUUAUUAGAACUCAUUUCCACUGAACACAUGGUUGAGUUAACGUUUUUAAUGAAGGUAAUUUUCACUGCAUUUUUUUUUUUUCACAUAUCUUUGACUCCGUUGUCAUUUACUGCGCCUGAGUUGUGUGAGAUCUAGCCAGCUCGAGUCGUACGACUUACUGCAGCUUCCUACUGUCACAUGCUUGUACAGAUUAUUUUUUACCCCUAUUUUGAACUGUAAGAAAACGGGGUGUAUAGAAAUGGAAGGUGUUCAGUGGUCUACACUGGAAACGUUAUUUUAAAUUUUUAAAUGAAUACCUAGUUUUUAUACAUUUUUCAUUGUGCUUUUUGGAGAGUUUACCCCCAGGACGUCGAAACAUUUAUAGCAUAAGCUGUGAAAUCUUCCAGCUGUAACCAGCACAAUCACAGCAGACUUAGAAGACAAGUGAGAGCAUACAGCUGUUCCUUAACAGGUCAAACACGUAACCUGAAGAGAGAACCAUCCUUCUUAUAGCUAUGAAUGAUUCCUUUAAUAAAUUCUCUCUUCUGUAAGUAAUACCAGGGACUUUGAAAGUCUUCUACCUCAGUGGCUAAUGACCAGUGAUGGCUAGUGAAACACCGUGAACAGGAGCAUAAACCUUUGCUACCAUGUUCUACACUAGCAUUAAAUGUAUGCAAUGUGACUGCAGGUUUUUUUUUUUUUUUUUUUGCUUUCAACAGGCUUCAGGUCCCUACUUGUAUUUGUGUACAGAAUGUUUUGUUUUCUCAAUAUGAAGACUAAGGAUUGAGUCCUUAAUUUAGCUUGAGGAACUGCUUCCACGUUAUUUGGCACAAUGGCAAUCUUUGUAUAUAGUUGUACAAAAAUUUGAAAUGUUUUUUUUUUUAUGCACUUUUUUAUUUAUAAUGUUCUAAAUGUAAUAAAGUCCUGCUUUAAACAAAAACUAUUUACCUUUUUUUUUUUUAAAUGAACUUAUUACAUGAAUGUUUUAUAUUUGUGCAGCUUGUAAAAUAAAAUUUGCCACCCAGAGGUGUAGAUUUGAAUGCAAA